AAUUGAGGAUUGAGUAGCUGGCGGCCGACAAAUGACCUUGGGUAGCACAUGUUUCUUAAUGAGUAUAGGGUUUCAAGGUUUACUUUGCCAUUAUCUACAAGACAAUAGUCUAUUGUACUGUAAAAAUUCCAAAGAACAAAAAUGAUACUUUCUUCUUCUGUACCCAAACGUAAAAAAGCAGAGAAAGAACUUUUUAAAACUACUCAUACUAUAGAAUCAAAUGAAUUCAUUUGUAAGUUAGUAAAAUCAUGUGGUAAUUAUUUAUUCACUGGAAUAACAGAACAAGACGAAGAAGUUUUCGUAUCGAUCCCCGAAAGGUUUCGCAAUACAUUCUAUUUUGCUCAAGGUGAAUUUGUUAUCUGUUCACCAUUGGAUAAUAAAAAGGUGAAAGGAGAAAUUCGGGCUGUAUUACAGAAGGACAAUAUUAAAACAUUGAUUGAUGAAGGUCGAUGGCCGGAAACCUUUUCUGUAAAUAUUUCAAAAGAAUCCUCAAUGAAAAAUAAUAGUUACAUCCCAGAAGAUAUGCUUCCUUCAUCUUCUGACAAUACUGACACAGAAAAUGAUUGUAUAUCUGAUACUAACUGAAAAUUAUAUAAAUAUAAAUAUAUAUAUGUAUAUGUAUAUCAGUUUUGUGGGGUUUACAUUUUAUCAUCACUUGC